AUGUCGUGGAGAUUGACAAAGAAGUUAAAGGACACUCACCUGGCCCCUCUGACAAGUGGCUUUGGUCGAUCCACCUCCACUUCUACUGUCAAGGCUGAAGAUGCUUCACCGGCUCAAGACUCACCAGAGUUGUCAACAACCCAGAGCAAUACUAGCACCUCUUCAGCAAAUGGGAUCGCUGCUUCCGAACAGCUCACUUCUCCUCCUGUCCAGACCACCAAACCUGGGAUCCUGAUCGUCACAUUGCACGAGGGAAAAGGAUUCUCCUUGCCACAACAAUAUCAAUCAGUAUUUAACAAUUAUUAUGGCUCGGGAACCUCGGGAACAGUCAGACCAAGCUCGUCAUAUGCCUCCAAUUCGGUUGCAGGAUCAUACGCUCCCCCAAACCGACCAGUGUCAACUCACGCCGGAAUCAAUGCUGCGCCGACCAUUCACGGAAGAUACAGCAGCAAGUACUUGCCUUACGCUCUCCUCGACUUUGAUAAGCUGCAGGUGUUCGUCGAUGCCGUCUCUGGCACGCCGGAAAAUCCUCUGUGGGCAGGCGACAACACCUCGUUCAAGUUCGAUGUGUCGAGAGUGUGCGAGCUCAGCGUCCAGCUAUACCUACGCAAUCCAGCUGCUAGACCAGGCGUUGGUCGGAGUGAAGAUAUAUUCCUUGGUGGCGCUAGAGUCACUCCGAGGUUCGAAGAAGCCCGGCAAUUUGUCGCGGACCCGAAGAAGAGCAAGAAGGAGAAUGAAAAGGCGGAAGCUGCCUUUUUGUCCCAAGAAAAGCAGGCCGGCCAACUUGGGACCGAGUGGCUGGACAUUCAAUUUGGAACCGGCUCAAUCAAGGUCGGUGUGAAUUAUGUCGAGAACCGACAAGGCAGCCUCAAGAUCGAUGACUUCGAACUCUUGAAAGUCGUAGGAAGAGGAAGUUUCGGCAAAGUCAUGCAAGUCAUGAAAAAGGAUACUGGCCGGAUCUACGCUCUCAAGACCAUCCGAAAGGCUCAUAUCAUCUCUCGGUCCGAAGUCGCUCAUACUCUUGCGGAAAGAUCAGUGCUGGCGCAGAUCAACAACCCCUUCAUCACUCCGCUCAAAUUCUCUUUCCAGUCACCUGAUAAGCUCUAUUUUGUCCUGGCCUUUGUCAACGGAGGAGAGCUGUUCCACCACCUUCAAAAGGAACAGCGCUUCGACAUCAACCGCUCUCGGUUCUAUACUGCGGAGUUGUUGUGUGCCUUGGAGUGUCUUCACGGCUUCAAGGUCAUUUACAGAGAUCUGAAGCCAGAAAACAUUCUGUUGGAUUAUACCGGCCACAUUGCCCUGUGUGACUUUGGAUUGUGCAAACUGGACAUGAAAGACGAAGACCGAACCAACACAUUCUGUGGUACCCCCGAAUAUCUGGCGCCAGAACUACUUCUUGGACACGGCUACACGAAGACGGUCGAUUGGUGGACUCUGGGCGUUCUCUUGUACGAGAUGCUUACGGGACUCCCGCCUUUCUACGACGAGAACACCAACGAAAUGUACCGCAAGAUUCUUCAAGAACCAUUGCACUUCCCUGGUCCUGAAAUUGUACCCGCGGCGGCAAAGGAUUUGCUUCAAAAGCUACUUGACCGCAAUCCUGAGCGUCGAUUGGGAGCUGGUGGAGCGGCGGAGAUCAAAGCCCACCACUUCUUUGCCGGCAUUGACUGGAGAAAACUGCUGCAGAGAAAAUAUGAACCCAGCUUCAAGCCGAAUGUGGUCGAUGCUCGAGACACAGCCAACUUUGACAAGGAAUUCACGUCCGAAGUCCCCAAAGAUUCAUACGUCGAAGGACCAGUACUGUCUCAGACCAUGCAACAGCAAUUCGCAGGGUGGUCAUACAAUCGACCAGUCGCUGGGCUCGGUGAUGCAGGUGGGAGCGUCCGGGAUCCCGCAUUCGACCGCAUUCAAUAG